AUGACUGUCGGUGUAGCGAUUAUCGGGAGUGGCCAUUUUGCCAAAGAGCAGCAUCUGCCCGCCGUGAAAGCAGCAGAGCAGUUGCAUCUGAAGGCCAUAUAUUCUCGAUCCCGCAAGUCCGCACAGGACCUCGCCGGGCAACUCUCAGACAUUGACCUCUACUCCGAGGACUCCGGCGCAGGGAAAACUUACACAGAUCUUCUAGCACGCGAUGACAUCCAAGCCGUUAUUAUCGGUCUUCCUAUCCUGAUUCAACCGGAUUUCAUUAAACAGGCACUAUUAGCAGGAAAACAUGUUCUGUCCGAGAAACCCAUCGCUAAGGAUGUAGCGACGGCUUGCGAGCUCGUGGAAUGGUAUCAUGCUCACAUCGACACGAGCAGGUUCAUCUGGGCUGUUGGCGAGAACUUUCGGUACCUAACGAAGUUCAUCUUCGCAGCUGAGCAGGUCCGUCAGAUGGGCGCUGUGCGGAGCUUCCGGGUCAACGUGCAUCAGCUGGUAAAGCAAGAUAAUAAGUAUUACUUAACGGCUUGGCGCAAAACACCUGAAUACCAGGGUGGAUUUCUGCUAGAUGGUGGUGUACACAUGGUUGCAGGAUUACGAUUGAUUCUUGGCGAUGAGAAGAUUCAGACUAUCUCCGCACACUCACAACAGCAGCAAGACUACCUACCCCCAGUGGAUACUGUUGAUGCAGUUGCGAAGACCGGCUCCGGAGCUACGGGAGUGAUUUCUCUUUCGUGGGGCUCCGCGUUCAAUGAUAAUGUUUUCGAGUUCUCUUGUGAGAAGGGUGUUGUGAGUCUGCGUUUUGAUGAUGUCGUUGUUAAUGGCCACAAUCAUCAUAUUGAGUUCGAUGGGAAGGGAGUUGUGCCGGAGGUUGCGGAGUUUGCGACGGCUGUCAGUGAUGGGAGAUCCGUUGCGAGAAGGCAGUCGCCUGAGGAGGCACUAGCGGAUUUGGAGGUUCUGGAACAGAUGCUGCAAAGUGGAGAACGAGAUGGAGAGAAGAUGGUGCUUAACUGGCAGUGA